CCCCGCCGGCCGCAGCAGCCCCCGCGCCCGCACCCGCCCCACGGCGCCGCCGCGGGGGCCGCCCGCCCGCCCGGUCGGGGGGCGUCGGCUCGCUGCCCCGCCGAGGCGUACCACACGACAGAAAUCAUGUCGGAGGGCGCCGCGGCCGGGGUCCAGCAGCUCCGGGACAAGCUCCUCGGGCUGAUGGAGCAGACCAACCGGACUUCGCAGGCCCAGCAGACGGAGUUCCUGGGCAACUACAUCUCGAAGUGGAGCGCCGGCAAACAGAGCAUGACCUUCAAGCAGUUCGUGAGCUCGCUGCAGAGUCUGAACAUGCCGACGGAUGGCGCUCAGGAGGUGUUUGCUGCUCUCGACCGCGACGGGAGUGGCGCAGUCCACAUCCAGGAGUUCUGCGCCGCGAUCUUCGACGGCAGGCCGGGCGGCGGCUACGCGAGCGCCACUGCUGGCCCGAUGCGCAGCGGCCGCAGCGACCGAUCAGGCGCUGCGAUGCGCACCGUGGGCAGCGCCAUCCUCGGCGGCUCGGGGACCCAGCUGGCGGGCGUGCCCGAGGCCUCGGCGCUGAAGUCCGCGCUGGACCCGCAGUCGCGCUUGGCGCCAGCGCCGCCGCGGAUGACGGGCUCCGCCCGGGCGACGCCCUCGGGGUCGCGGAGGGGCUCGCAGCAGCCCAGUGCGCGCAUGGGCUCCAGCGGCCGCGGCGGGGCACCAGGCCGGCCCGCGCCGCCGCCGCCGCGCGCGGACGCCUGCCAGAUCGACAUGUCCGAGCUCCUCCUUGAGUCGUUCCGCCAGGUCGUCCUCACGCGCGGCGGCUCCGGCGGCAUCCACUCGCUGGGGCGCAUCUUCAAGAGCAUGGACAGCGACCGGAAUCGGAAGGUCACGGCGGAGGAGCUCGAAGCGGGCCUCGGCCACUUCGGGCUGUCCAUGGCCUUCCGCGACGUGCUGCUGCUCCUGAACGCCAUGGACAAGGAGGGGAACGGCACGCUCAGUUUCGACGAGUUCAUGAACGCUGUUCGCGGCGGUAUCAACAAGAGGCGGAAGAACCUCAUCCUCAUGGCCUUCGACGUGCUGGACAAGACGAAGAACGGAGUCAUUGAGAUGGACGACGUUGCGCAGGCGUUCCGACCUGCGGGGCACGCUGAGGUGAUGGCUGGGGCCAUGGGCGAGUCAGAGGCGCUGAAGCAUUUCCUGGGUCAGUUCGACAGCAUCAACAAAGACGGCGUCGUGACGAAAGAGGAGUUUAUUGAGUAUCCACCAGCCUGCGAAGACGACGAUUACUUCGAGCUGAUGAUCCGGAACGCUUGGCACAUCCCUGGAGGCUCAGGCUGGUGCGAGAACACGUCGAACACCCGCAUCCUGUGCACGUUCGCAAAUGGGGUCCAGAAGGUGGUCAUGAUCGAGGACGACGACCUCGGUCUCAACCUGAAGGACAGGGCCGCCGUGCUGGACAGGCUGAAGAAGCAGGGCGUCAGCAACGUCGUGGAGUUCAGCCUCGGCGGGGCCAUGUGA